UCAUUCCUGUUAAGUAUUUUCCUGAUUUGUAUAGCCUUCCUUUACCAUCUAUAACCUUUUUAAGAUUAAUAACUUGAAUAAUACGUGUUAGGUAUUUCCUACUAUAGUUUUAAUUUAAAAAAUGGUUAUUAACCGUUUUCUUACUAAUAUUGAAAAACAAUAAAAUGUCAGUAACAUUAAAAGGUCAAAUACUAAUAUUUUAGUAAUAAGAAAAUAUUGUAGCAGCUUCUCAAUGGAUAUAACUGUAAAAAAAUUAGGAUGUGAAGUUCGUGGUAUAGAUUUGAAAUUUGAAAACAGGUCAGAAAUUAUUGAUCAAAUAAAACAAGAAGUUUUGAAACACAGAAUAUUGAUUUUUAAAGAUCAAGGUAAUAUCAGUGGCGAAAGGCAUGUAGAAAUAAGUAAAUGGUUCGGUGAAUUAGAGUCUACAUUUUACAAGCAUCCUAGGUCUCCCCAUCCAGAUGUAUUUAGGGUAUCUAAUGACAGAAGUGAAGGAUGUACAGGUGUUGGUCGCUCAGGUUGGCACAUAGAUGGAACAUUUCAGCCAGCCCCAUUUGCUUAUUCUUUAUAUCACAUGGAAUCUGUUCCUAAAGAAGGGGCAACUUUAUUUGUUCCUUUAACUGAAUUAAUUGAAAGUUUAGAUAAAAAAACUUAUGAAUUGUGGAAUCAGGUUUGGAUGAUAAGUGAUCGUAUAUCAGGAUGUGUACAUCCUUUAAUUUAUAAACACCCUCAAUCUAGAAAAAGUGUAUUAUGUUUCCAUUUAGGAAUGACAACUGGUUUCAUUUGGAAUUACAAUCAGCCAUCAGAAAGAAAUGUCACUGAAAAAGAAUGUCAGAAGUUAUUUAAUUCUAUAUAUAAUAGUAUUAAUCAAGAAAAUGGCAAAUUUAUUUAUACUCAUAAGUGGAAACCAGGCGAUUUUAUCAUAUCAGAUAAUUUAGCUGUUGGGCAUUUUGCUCAUUCUAGUACUCAAUCACCCAGAAAUGAAGUUGGUCUAAGAGUUUUGCACAGAACAACUGUAAAGGGAUUAGUUCCACCGACAAAAUAAACUAAUAAUUGUUAUUCGUUAUGUUAUAAUUUAAUAAACUUAUAAAAUAUUAAUUUGUUAA